GAAAAAGUCCACACCCUUGUUCUUCUGCUCGUGGUUUCAUACACACCUUCUUUCUCACAACUACAAAACCCCCCAUUCUCUCUUUUGCUUUCACAGAACACAAGAGUUUUCAACUUUCAACCAAAACAAAACUUCAUUCUUCUGAAUUCUUAACUUUCAUUGCUCAGUUUGUUAAUGAUGAGGAGCAAGGGGCAGAGCCAGAGCAUGUUCAUGAAGAUCAUGGCUUCACCAUUCAGAGCACUUGGAAGAGCAAGGGAUGCUUAUGUUCGCAGCAUCACGACUUGUGGUCAGAGUGUGAGUUAUGGCAACCCCAUGGACCCUGCAGGGAGGUUCUCUUCUCUGUCAAGGAGCCAGAGCGUGGCCACUUCGCGGUCGGGCGAUGGCGAUGAUUAUGCAGAGCUCUUGAGGGCUGCAUCUGCUAGAACCAUGGUUGGUAGAAUUGACAUGGAUUUGAUUCUGAAACAGCAGCAGCUUCAGCAACAGCAGCAGCAUCGUUAUCACACUGAGGGACCAAAAGGGUCCAAGUUGCCAAAGUCUAGCAGUGUUGGGAUGGGUAGGAUUGAUGAGGAGACACCUUAUGAUACCUCAGAAGGGGGUGUUGCUUUUGUGGCACCUGAUUCAUACCCGAGAAGUAAGAGCUAUGCUGUGGGAAAGAGAAACGUUGCUUUCUGAAUACUUUGAUUCUCCAGGAAUAUACAUGUAGUAAACUGUAAGAGAGAAAGAGACACAUAGAGAUAGAUUUGAAAGAAUCUACUUUCUUUCUCUGUUCUAUUUUCUAUUGUUUUGGAUAAUUGCAAUCUGUUUAGGUGGUUAGGAAAUUUGUAAAUUAGAUUAAUUUGCAAUUGAUUUUUCAUUUUUCUUUUUGGGUU